UUUUCUUUUCUGCUUCCGAGUUCUGCCUUUCCUUCCCUUCCCUUUCAUAGCUCACAGCUCCACUUUGGCAAGAAACACAGAGCGAGAGCGACAUGGAAGAAGCCACGGCCAUGGAAGUCGAGGAACAUCCUCACUCCAAUCCAAGCUCUUCCAAUCGGGUCGGACUAAAAAACUCCAUCCAAACAAGUUUCGGAGAAGACUAUGUUUUCCAAAUCGUCCCCAAGAAUGAUUGGAGUUCAAUGGCGGUGUCGUUGUCGACGAACGUUGUGAAGCUUUAUUCGCCGGUGACGGGUCAGUUCUACGGAGAGUGCAAAGGUCACUCUGAUACCAUAAACCACAUUUAUUUCUCUGGUCCGUCAACCCCACAUGUUUUGCACUCUUGUUCCUCUGAUGGAACCAUUAGAGCUUGGGAUACGCGUACAUUCCAACAGGUCUCAUCCGUAAGUGCUGGUUCUUCUCAAGAGAUAUUUAGCUUCUCAUUUGGAGGAUCCACUGAUAAUCUUCUAGCCGCAGGAUGUAAAGCUCAGAUACUCUUUUGGGACUGGAGGAACAAGAAACAAGUUGCAUGUCUGGAGGAGUCUCAUGUGGAGGACGUUACUCAGGUACACUUCAUUCCUAACCACGUAAACAAGCUUGCAUCUGCUUCUGUGGAUGGAUUAAUAUGUAUAUUUGAUACAGAUGGAGACAUUAACGAUGAUGAUAAUCUGGAAUCAGUGAUUAAUGUGGAGACUUCAAUAGGUAAAGUGGGUUUUUUUGGAGAGACAUUUCAAAAACUUUGGUGCUUGACCCAUAUUGAAACGUUAAGUAUUUGGGACUGGAAAGAAGCAAGAAGUGAAGUUAAUUUCCCCGAUGCUCGUUUGAUAGCUUCCAAUGCUUGGAAUCAAGACCAAGUUGACUAUUUUGUUGAUUGUCACUACUCACAAGACGGGGAACGACUUUGGGUGGUUGGUGGCACGAAUGCUGGCACUUUGGGCUUCUUCCCUGUAAGUUACAAUGAAGCAGCAAGUAUAGGUUCUCCUGAAGCAGUACUUGCAGGUGGACAUACAGACAUUGUUAGGAGUGUGUUGCCUAUGUCUAGCAUUCCGGGUUCGGCAACUCAAAGCCAAGGCAAGUUUGGUUGGACAGGCGGUGAAGAUGGCCGCUUGUGUUGCUGGUUGUCCGAUGAUUCUUCGGAGAUUGAUCGAUCGUGGAUUUCAAGUACAUUGGUAAUGAAGUCACCCAAGAAUCGCAAGAAAAUUAGACAUCAACCGUAUUAGUAGAGCAUCUGAAUACUAGUUUUUCUUAUUACUUCUCCACAUGUUUCCUGUAUUUUUGAAAAAUUUUCGUUUUGGUUUCUUGUAAGUUGUAACGAUAAUCCUCCUUACUUUUUUUACUUGAUUUUGUUGUAUAAGUCUAUUGUUUAUCAUUUUAAUUUUCA